GGUUAACUUUUGUCUCUCAAUUUUGACUGCUUGGUUAAAUUUGAUCUUUGAUUCUCGGUGAAUGCCAUUUUGUGCUGAAUUUUUGAGGCAUUCUACCUUGCACUCUUGUGUUCCGAUAUUCUUCCAAGCAUUCAUAUUUUCUAUUGAUUUUAUUCUGUUGCAAUUCUUGAGAUUCUUACAUGUCUUUUGAUUGUCCUAGCUUUUAACUCUUGUUAAUUGCUAAAAUCAGUUUCUUGAUUCCAAUUGCUUGGUUAAAUAUGACCUUACUUAUUGGUUAACCUUGUUGUGGCAGAAAUUGUAAGGCAUCCAUGCAUUUGUUCAUUCAUUCAUGAUCCAUAUAUUCAUUGGAUGCUUAUCCGUCUUUGAAAAGAGUUCAAAGUUUUGUUGUACUCGUCUGUAAAUCCAUGCCAUUCUUUGUCAACUUGUCUUGUGAUGGGUUCGAAGCGUAACCCCACAAUUGUUCUUUUGUGGCUUUGGCAGGAUUUAUUUUUAUUCGUUGUGCUUCCCAUAUCACCCCAGCCUCUAGUAGCUCAUUUCAUGGUAAACCCUGUUAAGUAGCUAGUGUUCUGCUUCUUAAGAUUAGUUGUGGUUUGAUAUCAGAGUGGCGCAGCGGAAGCGUAAUAGGCCGUGUUCUGUUCCUAGGAAGUGAUGAGGCAAUUGUUUUGUCUCGGAUUGUGUGAAGCCA